AUGAAGCAGGAAUAAAAUCAUUUUACAUUCACUACUGUGAUUCACCCUCCUUUUGUAGAUUAGGAUAAGUAAGAAGAGCAAUUCUAUCCAUCAAUUGGGUAUAAUUUCGCUACAGGAGAUGCAAAACCUGGAUGGGCUUUCAUAAGCAAAGAUCAGCCUCCGUGUGUUCCUUAUUUUUCAUCCUAUAUCAAAAAGUAGAUUGGAGCAGAAUUUCUAGUUACUGGUGGUGCAUAUCAAGAAAAUAAGGACAUUUAUAGCUCUGCCUUUUGCUUUAGAAUUUAGCUUCAUGAUCACAUGGAAGGACACAGAAUCAAAUAUGAAUUAUGGAGAUAGGGCUUAACAAGAGAGGAUGAAGAUGGCAAUGAAAUUGAGGGAGAGAAGGUGCCUGUAAUACCACAAAUGAAUUUUGCAAGACAUAAUCAUAAAGUUUUCGAAUUAUUAAAACCUGGAACGACAAAUUAAUAUCUAUAUCUGGUAGUUGGAGGCCAACUCAUAAAUUAAGAUGGUUGGGGUAUCUUAAACCAAUGUGAGAUAUAUGAUGAGAAGGGCCCUGUGAAUCAGAAUGGAGAGUAAUCAUGGGAAGUAGUGGACAGUAUGGUUCAAGCUAGAUCUGGAUUUUCAGGCUUUGUUUUAAAUAAUAAAGUUUAUGUUUAUGGCGGAUUGACUCUUGAGAAUGAGGAAAUUAAAAUACUCCAUAGCAAUAAGGUGGAAUGCUUUGAUUUAGCCACUAAGAAGUGGAAGGAUUUCAAAUAUAGAUAGGGUAUUAACGUAACAAAUCAUUUGGGUUCAUCUUGUUUGCCAAUUUCAGAUAAGCAUAUUUUAGUUUUUGGAGGGUCGAAUGGGGAGAAAGUUACUGAUAAGAUUGCGAUUAUGGAUAUUGAGAAAAAGUCAAUUGAAAAUAUCAAAUCAAAAACAAAAUUGAGUGUUCCAAGAGCAGGGUCUCAACUUUUUGUUUUGAAGCAAGUGGAAGUAGCUGAUUCAGCUCAAAAGAAGGAUCUUAUUGUUGUAUUGGGUGGAAAUUAGGACGAAGUUAGUUUUGACUAUUUUGCUAUAAAGGAUCAGAAUACUCUCGAGCUUGAGUAUGUUGGUAAAAAUGAGUUUAAUAACGCUUUUACUGGAGCGGUCACUGGAACUUAUGCUUUUGGUGGCAUUAACGACAUUAGGGCGUGGGUAAAAACGAUGUAGUACAUGCCUGUAGUGACAUUAAUAUAAUGA